AUGCCGAACCACCAGGGCAUACAGUUCGGAUGGCGGAACUCACUGGGCGUCAACAACUCGUGCGGCAUAGCGGACAUGGAGAGCCAGCGGCCCAGCAGUCAGGUGCAGCGCAUAGCUCGUCCGCCUACGCAGAGAGGCAUCAUAGGACGAGCGGCGAUGGCAGGCAUAUCGGCGGGGACCAUGAGUGUAGCAUUCAUCCCGAUGUACUUGCCGCCGAGAGGCCUUGCCGUCGCCGCACGCAGGAACAUCAUACGCGACAUUUUCGAACGGGUGCAGCAGGAGCUCGACCAGCUGGGACACGACUGUUUGCCGACUGUGUUGGGAGACUACAACUGCGCGGUCGGCAUCCGCGUGGGCGUUACAGAGCGCAAGUACAUCAAGGAGAUCGACACAGUUGGCGUCGCAGAGCCCGCACCCGAGAAUCACACCAGCCAGAUCGCGAGGGAAUUCUUGGAAGGCAACCCCCUCGCGAUAGCGGACACACUCUGGCGAACAAGAUCCACGUACUACAAGGGCGCGAGCCAGCGCAAGCUGCUAUCAACCCACCUACACGACCACUUGCCAGUGUACGCGAACAUCGACGUUCACAUCUGCAUAGCGCACCGGAUCCAGCUCACGCCAGCGGCCAAGUGCGACCAAGUGAUGACGGCGUAUCCCAAUGGCUACAAGAGAUUCGAGUUCAUACAGCGAGCUAUGCAGGAGACGGUUCUCCAACAAGAGCAUGCCAUCGUGGACCACGAGGGCAUGCACCUACUAUCUCAUGAAGGGGCCAUCUGGGCGAAAAGGUCGCUGCAGCGGCUCCGCAUCAAGAUGACGGAGAACUACGAUGACGUGCAGGUGAACAGUGACAACGACGCAGACGGCAACGACGACGUCAACAUCAGCACAGGGUACGGGUACACGCACGUGACGGGGGAAGAGGGCGAAGGCAUCGGGUGCGGGAUGUCUUUCACCACGGUCAAGGCACUGACGGUGCACAUCACGCACGUGCACAACACGAGGAAACUGUACUCGAAGACCAUAGGCACAGACGUAUGCCCUUGGUGCCGCACAUCAGUCGCUAGCCGAUCGCCCUGCCUUCGCCACGCCUACACCUCUGGCUGCUGCGUCCGUGAGCCCGUGAGGCACAAACUCGAUCGUGGAGAUUCGAAGAGGGGCACUGGCCGAGGAGCUGGCACAGGCGACACAUCCUUCCAGGCGGAGAUCACGACGAGGCAGAAACACACGCUCAACAACGCGCAGACGGUACGCCAGGUGCCUGCCAGCCUGUGGGACUCCUUCCUGGCCUCGGGAGACCACCCCGCGGCGGACGCUGACGUGGCGACAGGCACGACAUAUGCGGAGUGCACCAAAGAGACGAGCGGCAAGACCAUGGGGGGCGAAUGCAAAGCCAGCCUGACGGAAUUCCGAUACAUCACCGAAGUCACGGACAAGCAGAACUUCGGGGACAUCCUGAGCUACUUCAAAGUCAAGAAGGCGUACGCGGAGCAGGGACAGUCACAGCGCUGGGAGAUCAGAUUGACGAAGCUUGGCGACGACACCGUUUUGCAGGACUACAUCGGCUCAGGGCGACGCUUGCCGACACAGGCCACGGGCCCAAGAAGCGUUAUCUAUCUGCGCCGAGACAACGCACGACAGUGCAACAGUGGACAGAGGGACUGGGCCGGCUACCACAGGAGAGCGGCAAGCGGUGCGACAGAAACGAUUGGCAAGACUGGAUCGGCGACCGCGCCUCCCUGCCACACGUGUACGACAGAGCGGAUCUCCACGACCUCGUUCGGCACGAUCGAGCUGGACAGGCUGGUUACCUACGACGUGCCCCGACGCGACGAGCGGGUCCUGCGUGGGGAAUAUUCGCAGAGGCCCUGGAAGCCGCACCUGGUGUUCAUCAGCCUAGCCAGCAACCCCUGGACAAAACACAAGGAAGGCCAGAUCAAUGCCAUCCGCGAGGGAACCAAGAACCGGCAGCAGCAGACGGAGGGAUAG